AUGCAUUCAGAUGCCAAUGCUUCAUUGUGUUACUUUUGCUUAUGUGUUACUAUAUUCUCUUUGUUGCAUCUUGCUGGUGUACCUUAUAUUGUUGUUGGUUUUAGGGAUGAUGCUGGUCGUCUUGUCUGCACGGAAAGAUUGAGAAUUAAAGAUAUUACACACAGAGUAAAAAUGAAAAGUUACUGGCAGGGCGAGUUAAGGAAAACAUUUUCGGAUGAAGUAUUGUGUUGGCUCUACGGUACAGUAAAAGAAAAUGAAGACUACAUAUUGCAGUUUACUCCACCUUCUGCGCAUUUGGAGCUUCUUCAAGCUCAGACCUGCUCUGAUGCUAUAACAGACCAUGUUCAACAGUUAUUGUACCUAUGGAUGAUCAAAUACUUCAUAAAGGUUUUUUGAGGUGGUAACAAUUCCAUAGCAUAUCGCUGUUCGCUGAA